GGGGUAGGGGCGGGAAUCGGCGCUUCGGUGGCGGUCUUGGACACGUCGAGAGGGUCAGAAGUGGAGGGGGCUUCUGAAGAGUCCUGGGCGUGUGACAGAAUAAGGUUCUGAGAGGGAGGCGCCGGUGGCGGGACUCGAUCUGGGAAGUGUUCUUUUUGUUCAGUCACUGAAACAGAAGAACGUCAGAACACAAUUCAAGAAACAUCACCUGAAAACCUGCUAUGUAUACACGCUGUGCUGGGUGUUGCCUGGGAUGAGAAAAUGAACAUGCCACAAAAGAGAAAAAGAUGACAUAGUUAUCACUGAAAAAAAUCUUCUGCUGACUCAACUUUUCCCGGAAAAAUGGGCCAUUUCCACCACAUGGGGAUGAGCAGUGGGGACGACAACAGUACCAUGGCACCUUCUCACCAUCACCCGACCUCUUCAGCCUCCCACUCCCAUGAUCACAUGAUGAUGAUGAUGCCUAUGACCUUCUACUUUGGCUUUAAGAACGUUGAACUAUUGUUCUCUGGUUUGGUGAUCAAUACAGCUGGAGAAAUGGCUGGAGCUUUUGUGGCAGUGUUUUUACUAGCCAUGUUCUACGAAGGACUCAAGAUAGCUCGAGAGGGCCUCCUGCGCAAGUCACAAGUCAGCAUUCGGUACAAUUCCAUGCCUGUCCCAGGACCAAAUGGAACCAUCCUUAUGGAGACCCACAAAACUGUUGGGCAACAGAUGCUGAGCUUUCCUCACCUUCUGCAAACAGUGCUGCACAUCAUCCAGGUGGUCAUCAGCUACUUCCUCAUGCUCAUCUUCAUGACCUACAACGGGUACCUCUGCAUUGCUGUAGCGGCAGGGGCUGGCAUGGGGUACUUUCUCUUCAGCUGGAAGAAGGCAGUAGUAGUGGACAUCACAGAACAUUGCCAUUAACGUCUAACUCUAUGCUGUGGCCUUAUCGAUUGCAGUGGAAAGCAGUUCAAGACUGGAAGACAGGCCAAUCUUCUCUUCUUGCUCCUUAUCUCCUUACACACACACACACACACACACACACACACACACACACACACACACACACACACACACACGCCUGCUCAACAGAGGUUUAGCUUACAGUCUCUGAGCUAAAGUGGUAACCUCCCUGCCUUUUUUCCCUAAUGAGCUGAGUUUCCCAUUUCUCUUGAGAUGAAGCCACCCAUGAGAUGUCCUCUCCUCCCCCAUUGUCUUAGAUCCAAGUUAUAUGUUCCUAUCUAAUCCAGGUAGCUUUCUGUUCGAUGGCUUGAUCACCUGCUUCCUUUUUUAGUCUUCUGUUCUUAUUUUUUUUUUAACAUUUUGCAAAUUUGGUGGGUUUUUCCUGAGUCAGUGAUGGAAAUGGAUUAACUUUAGCCAGGAUUGAUGGCAGGUGAGGAAAAGUCUUGCCCAGCUAAGCCCAGAACCCAAACUUAACAUUUAAAAAUAUGUUCUAGUCUUUGGACUCAAUGAGUGGGAGACAGAUUGUGCCUUUCCCUAGGUGUGACAUGUUGCACUGAAAUCUCUGUAGUGGGUAGAGAGGUGGUUUGAGACUGUAUAAAUACAGGCCCAGACCUUGCAGAGUGUGCAUUCUUGGGGGGGCUGACUCAUCAACUUGUGUUCCCACUUAACAUUUUGAUUAGAAUGAACUUGUCAAUCAAAAAAAAAAGAUGACAGUCAAUUUGAGAAAAUAGGUAUUUUAAAAUGAAACCAUUGACAUUUUACUUUGACUUGGUACCUUCGUAUGUCACAGCUGAAGUUAAGAGUUUAAAUAAUUUUCUCCCAUUAUUGUUUUCAUGUGUCUGCCUCUAAACCAGUGGUUUUCAAACUUUAGCAUGCAUCAGAAUCACCUGGAGAGCUUGUUAAAGCCCUGAUUGCUGGGCCUCGACCCAGAGCCCCCAAAUGGGUAGUUUUAACAAGCUCCCAGGUGAUGCUCCUACUGAUGAUCAGGGGACCACACUUUGAGCAUCUCUGCUUUAAACUGAGGGAGUAUCGCCUGAUGGGUGAGCUACCUGGUACUGGGCACAGGAAUUUGACUUGCUAUUAGUUGGUGGUGUUUCUGGGCUUAACUCAUGUACUAAAUGCUGCUGGUCAAUACUUAAUCAUUCCACAAACAUUUAUUCAGCCCCAACUGUGUUUUUGUGCCCAGGCACACAAGCACAAAGGGCUGUAGCCAAAGUAACUUUUAUUAGCAUGUAUGAAAUCACUAGUCCUUAUUCGUAAAGAUCUGUAAUUUCUUGGAAGUGGCUUGAAGGUUGAGAAUCUCUGAUCUGCAAUGUAAAUCAGCCAGUCGUGGGUUGGAAGGGCAAAAGCCCAGCCCUCUCUUUGGAGAGGCCUAGGGUGUGGUCGGCUGAUGGGCCGACAUCCAUGCCCACACCAGCCAGAUCCUCACUCUCUGCAUGACCAUCUUUGUUACUCUCGGGGGGACUUAAUUAGAUCACAAGUGGCCAAAAAUACUUUCCUCAGUAAGAAUCACAUUGGAUUUUUAUUCUGUUGUUAGUCUACGCCGCAGUCUUGUUCCCAGUCCAACCUACCUCUGUAAAGUGACUCUUCUUGUGCUGGUCUAUUAAAUCCUGCCCUCCUUGGUGCUAGACUCCAGUUGUGCCUCAGGGCAGGAGAGACAAAACACAGCUAUCCUGUUGGCCUCUUGUGGUUUUGAAGUUUGUACUUUCUCUGUUGGUGCCAGUUAAAUACUGGAGGGCGAGAAAUGUGUACUUCCGUGGCUUUGAACCAAGAGAGGGUUAUGAGCUUACUGGAUCGAGGUUAAAAUCUAAGAACCAACAUUUAGAGUUUUAUGUUUUUCUCUCAUUCCAACCCCUUGUAGUGCUGAUACUUAGCGUAAGUAAAGGGAAUGACAGGUACUGAUAAAAAUCCAACAUUAAGGUACAAAUAGCCUGUUAUUGCCUCAGAAGCCAAGGAAUAAUAAAACCCUGAGAAAUCAAUGUUUAGUAGUGACCCGGGUACUGUCUAGAAAUCUUGACAUGAUCUGUUAUAAAAUACCCUUUCAGGAACAGGACCUUAUCAGUAAGGUAAGAAAAAUCAAGGCCAGUUUAGACAAAAUGCUGUGAAUUUCAAACUCUCAGAGAGAAACAUCAGUUUGGGACAAGUCUUCGGGUAUUCAAGAUACAGUCUCAUGAAAAACCUGAAUUCUAGCGAUCUUGAGCUAGGUUGCCAAAGGAAGAAACUAGCGAGGAAAAAAAAAAAGUAACGCUUAAAUUCUAUCUUUCUUGAGCUCUUGGAUUGUGAUAAUAUAAUGAUCUUGUUGACUUUCAUUUCUGUAACCCUGUUCGUUUAGAAUUUAGUGCCUGACUUCUUUGUUCCUUUUGAAUCCAAGUUUCUCUUCCUCCUGUUCACAACUAUUAGAAGCUGUAUCCCCAUAUCUUUGGCCCCUUAUUCUGCUCUCCUUUUCCCUUUCUUUCAGUCUUUUAUCCCAUGUGUCUGGUUUAUUAAAUCUCCCUCACCCUCCUGAUGCAGUGGAUAAUGCUGUGCAGUAGAUGUGGAUAUAGAUACCAACCAGAAGUUGUAAAACUUGAUAGAGACCCUAAGCACACUUUGAGGAGCAAUUGUCCCACUGGAAUUUCUAUAAGGCUGAGUAAGGGGCUACCUGGUACCAUCCACAAAGUUACAACAUCUUAGGUGCCGUCUCCAAUCUAUGCUGGAAGAACACUCAGCCCCACACUGCCCACAAACAGAGUCCUCUCUGUGCACCAGGGAAUUAGAGAUGAAGGUUUCUUCACUACUUCUAUGGUGAGGUUGUCUGGAAUUCCCUUUUAGGCUGUGGGGUACUGGUUUUGGGUUCUAGCGACAGGGGUUCCUUGUAGAAGCUGGAAAGGGAGUUAGCAGGGAGUACACUUUCAUGUCAUUUAAUGUUGAUCCUGCCCUCUCCAGCUGCUUCCUUCAGAAGAUACACCUAAAGAUACAGAGUCCGCAUUUCAUAUAAUGCCUUAAUCAUUGGGUCUACAAUUAAUGUUGACUGUUUUAGAUUGUAAGCUCCUGGAGGGCAGUAUUGCUGUAGUAGGAAUGUUUUAACAGUGUCAUGUGCAAAAGAACAAAUAAAUAUUUUGAUUUUGUGAUUCUA